AAAGUGGGCAGGUAUAUCGGUGGUGGGGGUGAAGUGUAGUUUCCAGCCGUUGGUGAUGACUCCGAAAGGCCGGCGUCGGUUCUUGUGUUAGCGUCUUUGGUCCCGCGUGGUCGUUCGCAGUAGGAUUGGAUCAUUGCCGUGAUCAAGAGGGAGAUAAAAAGCGAACCGAUUGCAAUUCGGGGUAUAAUACAACGUCGAUUGUCUCUGACGUGAGGGAAGAUUCAACAUCUACCACUAGCGAGAAAACAACCCUUGCAUUAAGGAUGAAGUACCUCGUGUGGACCGCGGCGUUCCUCCUCCUCUUGGACUUCUCGAAUUCGCAAGGCUCCUUCGAAAUUCCCUGCCAGGACAACGAUGGCUGUACACCAUUGAUCGCACCGCCUGGCACAGCUACUUGUGACGAUGGUCACUGCAAGUGUCUUGCCCCUAAUGGAAUUCGGGUUAAUUGUCCCGGAUUAAACAACACUGCGGAAGCCGGUCAGAGAAAUGGUCAGGCUGGAUUGAUAGGACACGUGUGUUCUAUGAACAAGGAUUGUAGCACGCUGGAUAAUAAUGCAGUUUGCAACACGACGAAUAAGCAGUGUGCUUGCAAGCAGGGAUUUUUUCCUUCGGAAAAUAACGACAAGUGCCUUCUCGGACUCGGUUACGGAGAAUCCGGAUGCGUGGAAUCCGUACAGUGUCGGGCUUGGAACACAACUUGCCUCAACGGGGUUUGCGAAUGUCGCGAAAACUAUCAUCUCACAUCCAAUGCAUGCUGGGCGAAAAUAGCUUUUGGUGCCCCAUGCACAGCGAUGGAGGAGUGUCAACACGUCGUUGAGGCCGUGUGCGAUAAUCAGCACAUCUGCAGCUGCCCAUCGGACAAGCUAAUUCAUCCGAAUGGCACCGAGUGUCUUUCCAAGGCUUCGAAGAUCGAGGACCAGUGCGUGGAAUCCAUCCAGUGUGACCACCUCGGAGGCGUCUGUUUGAACGGACGUUGCCAGUGCCCGGAGCAUCACCAUCACUCAUCGGCGACGAACGAUUGCCAAAUGACCAAGAAGGUCAACGAUUCCUGCGAAACCGAUCACGAGUGCUCGCAUACCCACCACGAAGAUGGCAAACUUGAUCUGAAGUGCAUCAAGAAGGUCUGCGCUUGUUCCGAGGGCUUACAAUAUGACAACGAGAAGGGCAUAUGCGUCGAAGGCGGCAAGGCAGCGGCUAAUCGAUUGAGCAGCGUCGGGAUCUUUGCAACGUCUCUGGUGUACUUUGGUCUUCUUGCUGCAAUAUUGUGAAAAAUUCAUUACCGAUAUUAUAAAUCGCGCUUAAUAAUCAUCUAUGCUACGUGAGAUCGCAGUGUUAAUCAUAUGUUAUACACACGGGUUGUGUAGCUGCAGAAAGAUUAUAAUAUUUCAUACAUGGUGUACUAAUUCAUGUUUACACUUUUCUAAAACGUGUAAAGACAAUUAUUCUCGAGAGCGGUUAUAUGUGGAGAGGAUCUGUGAAAAUCACAUUGAAAUAUCGUAAGAUUACCUCAUCAACGAAAUUUUCCAUCAAAUUUAAUGUUGUUGUUGUUGUUGUUUUUUUUUUUUUAAUUCUCAUUAUUGUUUAACGUGUUUCAUUGAAAGGUUUCUUGCCGCUGGAAUUAUUGUUAUUCGUGUUUUUUUUUGUUCUUGUUGUUUUUUUGUUUUUUUUUUUUUUGUUUUUAAGUAAAUGAGAAAAUUGUAUAAGAAAACUUGCGGUGCGAGGUGCUGGAAAUGAAUAAUAUUUUGAUGAAGAGAUGGAAUUUUUUUUAAACGUUUCGAACAAGCAACCAAGGGAAAUAAUAUAUAACCAAACUCAAACAAAGCUGUCGUUGCAUAUUUCUUUAAUAUUAAAGAUAUCGUUCCUUUAUUUUUUCUGCAUCAAAACACCUUCACAUACACACAUCUGUCAUAUUCAUUCGGACGGUGUAUUUAAAAUGUAAUAAAUAUUAUUUUAGUUAAACAUGGCAAAACGCGGAGAGCAGUUUCAAGUUCUCGGUACAAAUUGCGUCACUUACAGCUGUGUAAAUGUUAAUGGAAAAUUGUGUAGAAACACAAUUUUUCACCAAUAUGUGCAUAUUAUUCAUCAUAUGAAUUGAUAUCAUCAUUACUCCAUACAUGCUCGAGUAACUUUAUCGUGAUUUAUGAAUUCAACGUGAUAUUACUAUAAUGUAGUUUGCUCGUGAAAUUUGAAUCUUACAUUCAUUAUUUACACUGCGGGUAAAAUUUCGUUUCGUUACUUAAAUUUCAUCUGUAACAAUCGCUAAGUAAAGUAUCAUACAUAAUA